UCUCAUCAUCUGUUGAGUAUGGAUAUGAAUAUCUAACUCAUUGGUUGCUGUGAAACUGUUUAAGUUUAAAGAGCCUUGGAUUUUAAGCCCUGUGGACAUACAAUUAAAAGCAUAAGAACCUGUGGCUCAUACCAAGUUUUGAUGCAUAAUAUAUGUGUAAUGAAAAGAGAACGGUGGGAGUAAAUCACUAUCUUAACUCUGACUUAUGUGGAAAGAGCAUCACGGAGUCUGGAGCUUCGUUCCCUUUGGCCCCAAGCAGCAGCAGAACUGAUCUGGGUUUUUGCUUCAGCAGAGGGGACUUAAUAUCCCUUGUGCUUGGGUUGUGAAUCCAGCUCCCGGAGUGGAUUUGAACUGAACUUUUCCAUGAGAAAAGAGGGUGAAUAUGCUGACAGCUGACACAGAUAAGUCCCAUAAUACUAUCGAACUCAACAGAGACUGUACGUUUUGUGCAAAAAUACGUAAGCCCCACCGCUGUCAAAUGAAAGAGAGAGUUUUAUACUCUCUCUUACCCCACUGAUAUAUGUUCGGCUGUCAUCUUAUUUCAUAGUUCAGGCAAUUGAAAUGCUGUUUAAAUGUGUAUCAUAAACCUACAGAUGAGAACAUUUCCCUGCUGGAUUUAAACCAUUACCCCCAAAGGUGUUAAAGAAACCCUGCCUUGUGUCACUUUUUAAGAUCAAGGGGCAUUUUUUUUAUGUUAAUGCCUAGAAAAGGCAGAUGAACACUAACAGCUGCUUAUCCACAGGCUGGUGAAUUGAAUAGGGAAAUACUUCUGUUCUGCAAGUCAGAUCUCCAGAGAAAAAUGAUAAAUCAUGAGCAUCAAUAAGUAAGAAUGAUAGUCUCUAAGGAUAGUUAAGCAAGGCUGAUAAUAUAAAAUAUGUAAAACAUGGGAAAAAAUAGUUAAUACUUCUUUUUCUCUUGCUCAAGAGUUGGAGAGGUGGUGUUACCGAUAUAUAUGAUGCUACUGCGCUCAGGCUUGCGGGAGAAGUGCAAUAUAUUAAUUCUCAAAUCACUAGUUUGUGAAAUGCCUUUCUGGUACCCAGGGAUUUUCAGGACUGUUAGAUUAAUAAGGAGUCAAGGGCAGUCUCCUCAUGGGCUGGGAUGGCUCUCUGGGGGGGAAAAAGGGAAUGGAAGAAAAGGAGCAGCAGAUAAAGAGCUGGACAGUUUAGUGUUUCUCGGCUUCCAAAUGCUGCUUUUUCUUUUCCAGCUCUUCAACUAUGUAAAGCUAUCUAGCAGCUUCAUUUCGGAGUUACGGCCUGUCCUCCCGAGCGGCGAUGAAUCAACUCUGCAAAAGGCAUUCUAUAGGAUGUCAUGGUGUACAAGGAGAACCUUUCACAAAGUUUAUAUAAAUCCUGUGGGACAGACAGAAAGAGAAACUUUCCCUCUAGACCCGAAUGACAAUGCUGUGGUAUGAAAAUCGCUCUGAGCAAAAUACUUAGGAGGCCAGCAAGAACGUGGAGGGAUUUCUAAGAUGCCAAGUCUUCUCUGCUGGUUGGUCACCCGAAUAGAACAAUAGAAUAACCUUGAAACUUUGCUGGCUUUUUGGCAGGGAUCCCGAAGUAGGGGCGGGAAGUUACAGCAUCAUCAAAGGGCUUAAAACGCACUUGCUAUUCUGGUUUUACCAUCAGGGCUCAGAUCAUGCAGAAUUGGAGCAACUGGAAGGAACUAAACAUGCUCAGCUCUUCUCAAGUCUCUUUGAAAGACGGAGACAGCAAACACACCGGAUGGGUCCCGCCAGGUGACUGUCCCAUGAGGGCAGUUUCUUUGCCAGCCUUGGGGCAAUUAUUUGUUUCCUGUAUCAGGUUUAAUUAAAGAAGACUGAGAAGCCAUAAUAAAUGAAAACUGGGCGUCUUAGCUAAACUAACAGUUCCAGUAGACUUUUUUUAAUUGAAAACGAAAAUAACAAAAGACAGUUUACCCAAACUUCCAUGUGUCCUUUUUUCAGUGUCACUUUAGGCCCAGUGAAAUGUGAGAUCUUCUUGAAAACAGUUAUUGUACUUCUUGAAAGCUGUUGGUAAUCAAGCAAAACAAAAGCAGAAACAGGAACAAAUGAUAUCCAAUGCCUUGCUUGACUCUGGAGGGGGGUUUUAUAGUCUGCCGUCUGAUAUCCUAUUUGCUGAAAAAAUCAAGGACAGAAGGAAAAAGCUCUAACGAGCCUCAAUGAGUUUUGACUUGAGGUUCUUGCAUGUUUUUCCUUUCAGGUUAGGAACUGCGUGUGGAAGAGCUGUGGUUUUUAAAUGGAAGUGAAGCCACAAAGCCCCUGCCAGCAGAGUUCAUUCCGCUGCUUCUGCCUAAAAUGGUUCCUCUGCUGCAGACACGAACCAGCUUCCUCUGUGAAAGCAGCAGAAAGCUGGCUCAGAAAUAACUUCUAGCGGUUUGGAUGGAAUCGUUGCAGGCCUGGAUUCUUAUAUAGCUAUAUCUCACAAUAUUCCCCGCCUUCCCCCCAGUCAGGAACCGCAGAACCUCACCUGUGCAGGUGUUACCUGGACAGAUUUUUGGCUGCUCAAAGCAAGAAGAAUUCCGCACCUUGUCACAUGCAGCUUGCAAGUGUGUUCAAAGGUGAAUUUUAGUGAAGUUGCUCAAGAAAAUAAGUAGCACAUAACAGGAUAGUCCUCCUUGGAAAAUAAGUGGUAGGAGCAUAGCAUGUUCUGCUGUUGCUCAGUGGGAGAGAAAAACUCCUGCCUGCCUUACUCUUUGAGCUCUUGAUUUAGAGAACUGGAAUCUCUUCCAAUAUUGUCCUUAGGGCUAAACUUGGGCCCUCGACAGUCCAGCUAGAGGUGCAAACGUGUGAAAUUACAGGAAUGAUAAAGGAGAAUCAGAGCAGAGCUGCCCCACAUGUUUUGCUGCUUGGAAUACAUUCUGCUCCCUCAGGAUUUUCACAGGGUUCAGGUUUUCAUUUUGAUAAGAACACUUUUGAGUGUUAUUGUAAUAAUACUUUGAGCUUUAUUUUCUCCCUUACAUUUCUUCUUUUCACUUUAUCAUCUCACUUCCUCCAUUCUGUUGUCUUUGACACUGCUAUAUCCUUUGAUAACUUUUCCACUGUACUUUUAUACUUACUUUCCAUUCGUUUUGCUUUUCUUUAUUCUCUAACAACUAUUUUUUCCUUUCCCAUUCUCUGGCUCCAUUACUAUCAUCAUGCUUUUUUCUUCCCACAUUCCUGAAUUAUCUGUUAUCAGUCGUUUAUGUUGAUUAUUAGCUGUGUUUCUUCUUUUUUUCCUAUUAGUUUCUCUCAUGAGGUAAAAACAUAGCAGUGCACGUAUGUAUAUAGCUGCUUUCUUCAACCACAGGACCUAUUGCUGAUUCCAGUGAGGCUUCAAAGCAUUAAAUCAAUACAAGAUGCUUCUUUAGGUCAGCAGAGACUCCCUUUGGAAAAUAUAUUGUUUAAAGCAUCAUUCAACUAUAAAAUAAUCUAAUAAUUGCAUUACAGUAAACCUUGUUGACUAAUUUUUAACAAAAGCAACUAUUAUUAAAAUCAAUGUUUUCUUGAAAAUCCUUUGAAAUCUUGGGAAAACCCCCAACUCCUUUUGCCUGGAACUGUUGUUCUUGAAACUCUGUUUUGUUCAGUCCUUUCCUUUGUCAUUCCUGCUUGCUUUGAGGCCACCACGAGCACUGAGAAGCAAGAACUGCUGCUUUGUGGUCGGAGGGGCACAGCACCGGGAAGGCUGGAAUUCAGCACGUCCCCUUCUGCCCGAGGGAAACAUGCCCUAAAAGUCCAGAGAACUGGAAGGGAGACAGAGGAGACCACAUAUUUUUCUCUGUCUGAGCCACGAUUGUGGUGCUGCCGCCUGCGCCUGCUGCUCUUCCUGGGGAAGGGGCAGAAGUGCCUCUUUAUUUGCUUACAGUGGUUCAUCGGGGCUCUGCUGUCACCUGCGUGCAGAGUCAUUUGCAAACAGGCUGCACCGCUGGGGAGCACAAAUGUGUUUUUUUUAAAACCCUAAGCAGAUUUAUAGUCUGGUUUCCUGUCAGAUCUUUGCAUUUUCCUUCUCCGCCCCUCCCAGCCGCUGACACACUUUUUCUUACUUUCUGUGUUGCUCUUUGCUCGUUCCGACACCAGUGCGCUCGCUUCCUUCAUUCCUGAUGCUCCCUAAACUUUUAGCGCUUUAGAGGCCAGGGGGUGUUUUGUUCCUUGUGUUUCCUUUAUUUUUCCACACCUGCAGGGCACAAAUAACCUCUCUAAGAGUCCCGCAGAGACACUGGCAAUUGCAUGGAGGCAACGUAGGGAGUUGGAGCCUGCAGCAACUGCAGCAAGAGCGCCCGGUCACUCAUGAGCGCCCAAGGCAGAAGGAGAUGCCGUGACAGUCUGUUUAAACUGCGAUUCGACUGAGCGGCAGAUGUGCCGUAUACCCCAUUGCGGUGCGUCCUGGCCGUGGGCACUGGGUGAUCCCUCGGAUGGAGAUUUUCACACUGACUUUAGUUAAACAUAAAGGUCUUUUCUGAACUUUGAUUUUGAACAUUCCUCUUCCUUUGUCAUCUUCUGCCAAAAAGCCGGGCUCUGGGAAUGGUGAUAGUUUCCGAGUACCAUGAAUUCACGUGCUUAAUGAUCUACAGGGAGUGUGUUUAACAUUUUACCAGCGGGUAAGGCCUUUGUACUUUUCACACAAAAGGCAAACACAGGGUUUUUUUCACUGCUCAUAAAACUACAUUACUAAUAGCACCAAAAGUUGGCAACGUGUUGUGCGUUGUCUGCUGUCACUGCUGAACACGUAGUGGAGAGAAUAUUCUUGUUACGUUAGUCCCACAAAACCUAUUUUAUCUUCAGUGCUGGAUGGGGCAUUACUUUCUAAUGCUGUCUGCUUCAGGGGAUCUGUUCAGCAACUCAAGAGGAAAGAGAAAUUUGUCAAAUCUCACUGGAAAUCUAUCAGAGGUGUCAAACGAAAUGCUAUAACAUUCCGGUUUUGUCAAAAGGAUAAAUGUAUACACAGCUGUGUAGAUGAUAUUAUUUGUAGUAAUUGUUUCCUCGGUGAAUUUGUCUGUGUAAAGUAACACUGUGUAGUAUUAACGGAUACGUUUGUUCUGGUCCCUGAGGCCAGUUUGGCCUUAUGCAAAGAUGCUUGUUAUUUGCCCACAUCUGUUGGUCAGCCCUGGGUUUUUCUAACAGUUAUGAGUUGGAAUACGGCUUCGUCGUAACCAAAGAAAGGAUUCCCACUGGCCACCUGAGAGCUGGUUGUUUGCUGGCAAGUUUUCCUCAGGUUGUAAUUGAGGCAUUGAAGAGCGAAUUUAACAUAAGGUCUCCAUUUAAAAUGAGAGAAGGGUUUUUUUCCAUUCGUAUGAGGAAAAAGCUGUAUGCUGGCAGUACAUAUAUGGUGAUCAUUAGCAGUUAAUGGAUUGUUUCCACUUCAUUUUUUACAGCUCUGUAUGUAUAUAAACAUUUCUAAUCUAGCUGUGCCCAUACUUGAAAUCAGGAUGACUAUGCUUAAUAGGUUGUUACACACAUUUAAUAUAUUUGAGCACAAAAGUAAGUUCUGCCAGCUUUCGAGACACCAAUAAAGAAACCUUUCAAGUGUUUCCCUCUGGGAUUUCUGAAUCCUGAGCAAACUGGGCAAACACCUGAAGGUUGCUCCAACUCUUUGUCUAAAGAUUACACCAAAUACAUUUCAUUUCCAAACUACAAUUUGACUGGUGAUUCAAUCUUUUCUCCUUGAUCGUGAACUGAAAGAUUAUCACAUUUAUAAGAUCAUUUGAAGGCUUUUGGCUUUUAACAUUUUAGUUAAAAUUCUAGUGAAUUUUACCAAUCACUGACUUUUUCUGAAUCAUGGAAUCAUUUAGGUUGGAAAAGAUCCUUGAAGAUCAUCAAGUCCAGUCAUUAACCUCAGGCUACCCAGUCCAACACUAAACCAUGUCCCUGAGCACCAUGUCAAGGUAGUUUCCAUUCCAUAUGUUUUUCAGAGUUUAUAGUAAUGUAUUCACGAAAGACUUGCACUCACUGAAAAUACAGAAUUCCAUCAAUUUCUUCCAACUUCUUCACUAUUGCUGAGCUGAUUUUCUCCUGGUGAAAAAAAACAAGCUUAAGAUAAGACUCUUCUCUGCUACUACACUGUAAUCUGCCUUCACAGUUCCUGCCAAAACAAGCCAGAAUAAAUCUCACUGUUUAAUUGUUUAAGAAGAUUUUGGGUGUGUUUCAUCCUUCCAGUAACAUAUUCCUGUUUUUCUAGUUACAUAUUAUUCAGGAAGACCCAAGACUAAUAAGCUUCAUUGUAGAAGGUUUAAUUUCCUUCUGUCUUUUAUUAUCUCAUUUUUUGAAUUUAUGCCAUGAAAGAUACAGUGCGGUGUGAAACAAAAACAUACUUAACCUUUUGUGCUAGGAGAGAAAAAAAGUGUUUUUCUUCUGCUUUACUUGUUGGGAAAAAAGUGAAGGAAUAUUACAUUUCCUGUAAGGCUGGAAACACCGAAUCAGUGUUUUGUUUUGUUUUUAAUCUGCAAGUCUGUUCUCUGAAGGAAAAACGAUACUUGGGCAUUUUCAUAUGGAGUGUUAGAAUACAGAACGAUGUUUUUGUGACUUGCCCGUAUCUAGAGUGAGAACAGUAUCCAGGUGGUUUUGCUGGAUUAAAUGAUGUUGACAGCAACACCUUCACAGGGUCUCUGAGCAACUGGGGCUGCACAUCUGGGAGAGCAGCAUCUGGCCUGAGAGUUGCUUCAGAAGCCAUGUGAGAAUAUGGUAUCGGGAAGGACCGACCUUUGUCACCUGCAAAGAACACCUGGGAAAUGGUGGGUCCAAGGCAGAAGUGGUCACAAUUUGAAUGCCACUUUGAAGGCUGAGAGUUCAAUGACAAGCUCCUGUAGCACUUUUCUGCAAUGCAGAAAAAUGCAAACUCAUUGCAAUUGCAUCGUUAGAGUAUGAUAAUAGUAUAUAAAUCCAAAGCUAUUUGGGCAGAGUGGUAUUAUAAAUAUUGGAUGCAAACCUAUUAAAUAGCUAAUGCCAUUAGCACAGACCUAGGCACAGCCUCUGCGCAAAGGGACUGGAUGGGUAAAGAUAAUUUGAACAUUCAGCUACUGUGAGGAGAGAACAUGAGAAAAGGCAGAGGCUGGUUUGUUCCUGUUAUCUUGGUCCUCACGGGACAUCCUGAGUCCUCUCUACCUUCAGUCUGACCCAUUUGUCUGACUUACCUCACUUGUCUUAUUUGAUAUCUCCUUUCCUCUUCCUCUCCGAUUGUGGUUACCAUCCCAUAUAAGGUAGUUCCACCAGGUGAGUGAAGUUAACUAAUCAACUUCUCUCUGUACAGUAUGAUUUAGAACCGAGGGUGUCUGUCACCUCCAGUUUGUGACUGAUCCUAAGGAAAAUGAAGCAACACAUCAAGCACAGCGAAUAAAAAUCAUGAGUGAAGGCAGAGACAGGCCAUUGUGCUUAAGCAAAGUUUCUGGACCUCACUGACAAAGUCAUAUUUUCAUCUGAGAUUCUUCCACUUCUUUUCCAUUCUCUUGUGGAGGAUGCUUAACUCCUGGGGGAGUAGGACAGGUUGUUGUGCCGUGUCUCGGACAACGUGGUCCAACAUUGGUCCUCUGGCCCUGCAGGUAGAGCCGCUGUAAGGAGAUCCAAGCAUCGGUGUGUUGUGCAAUGCCAUGUCCUGGCGUUCUGUGCCACCCUCCGCGUGGGUACAGCGGGUCACUUCCCACCUUCCUUCCCUCAUGCAGAGAGAACGUGGCUUGAUGUGUAACUUCUGCUUUCCAUCAUUGAUAAUGAAGAAAAGCCAGUUUUGUCACAUUGCGGAGCAGUAAGCUUUUAUAACGCUGCAAUCACAUUCUUAGAUGUUUUGAGCUUUCAAGUCACUUCAGGGAGCAUAAUAGAAUGAGGUUUCCCACCCAUGUCUAACUAGGACCAGUACUAAUAAAGCCCUUUUCACUCUAGGAAAUAUUGUCAUUGAGAGCAACCAAGGGGCAUGGCCACACACAGAGUUAUUCCAAAAGCUUUUCUAGCAAUCCAGGAAUUAUUAAUUAUUACUCUCUCUCAGGAUAGGUCCUGUAAACACUUCCUCCCACACGAAGUUACUACGAGCAAUUUCAGUGUGAGUAUAAGGAGAAAGUACAGUGUUGUGGUUACUGUAGUUCAUCAGCGCUCUCCCACGGUGCUUGCCCACUUCUCGCCGAGUCCUCUCUUCCGUGAUGUUCUCUAUCUUGUGCUCCCUCACCAAGGCACCUCGUGGAUCAACAGCAGCAGAAUGCCUGUCCCUGCCUUCACCCCGUGUUGCUGGGCAGGAAAAUGUCCUUAUGGAACCCUCCCAUAUGGGCACACGUGGGCUCAGACAGUCCCAGAGCUCCGGUCCUCUCAACAGCUCCCAAGAGGAGAUGCCAGAGGUGGCUCACGGGACAGAAUUUCACCCUCUGCCACCCAUAGCCGUGCUGAUGCCAGCCUAGGGCUACCUCCUAGGAAUGCUAAUAACAAAAGAAAUGGAUGCAUUUGCUAUUUUAAAAAGGUUUUUAAAAUUCUACAUGUGCUUCCUUUAAAAAUAGAAAAUUCCUUUAAUCUUCAGAUGUUUGCAGUGCCCUGGAAAAUAAUCUGAGUUCUUUUCUCAGUUGAUGAGUGUAUUGCUCUUCUAGGAUGUGAAAUACUGGCUUGGGUAGCCUGUGACAAAAUAGGAUUUUGAAUUCAGAUUCAACUUGCUUUGUCUUGCUUCUGUUUCUAAUCCAGAGUGAAUUUUAUCUACUAUUAUUUUAUAAUUCGCAUGAUACCGUAUCAUGCCAGAGUAAUUACUGCCAUAGAAGAUAGAAGUGCCUUAUCAUCAAGGAAGGAAACCUGUGAACACAGCACAUAAUUCUUAAAAGAUCUGAAACCAGAGUGGAGGAAAGCAGGAGUUAAACUGGCUCCUGCGUAACAGUUGUUUUGCUUUACGCUUGACAUUCCGUCCCUGUGCAUAAUUCCUCUGUCUCAUCUUCCAUGGUAACUUCGUUAGCAAUGAGAUGCUAAUUAAAUUUCAUAUUUACGAUUAGAAAAUAAAAUCAUUGGACCUUUUUUAAAUAGAUUUUUAUGAGUUUUGGCUCCGUUAGCUGAGUCAGCAGUAUAGAGCCUGCAAGGCUGAACUUACCCGCUUUGGAGAUAAAAAAUGAUAAAUAGAGCAAACAAAGAUGGAAGGAGAGUCUGAUCUAAAACCUCAUGUAGUUUCUACACUGAAAUAAGUAGUCACAUAGAAACAACCCUUCUUUAAUUAUGUCUCGGAGGGUUCAAAGCUUAAAAUUUCAUCUCAUUCUUAAAAUCUCAAUUGUAGAUGGAGACAAUAUGCUGAAGAGAUCGAUGCAUCAGCAGUGUUUACCAUCACCUGUUAGUUAGCAAAGUAUUUAUUUCAUGGAUUCAGAAGGGUUAGAAUUAACACAGGUAAGCACUGCCACACAACUGCCCUCUUCCCUGUGCAAUGUGUACUACUGGAGAGCUGGUACAAUACUGGAGGAUCACAACUAUUUAAAUACUGCUGCCAGACGGAUUUAGAGGUGCUAUAUAGAGCAGCUUCCUAUUCGUAUAAAAAUUAGCACCUCACAAAGCUUUAAAGGCCCAUUUUUCAAAUACUCAGCAUUUGAAGAAUGCUCCAGUUUUGAAAGCGCUCAGCUUCAGUUUAAGUUUGUAAGAAAGACCUGAUUUUUAAAAGUGCUUAACGCUCAGCAGCUCUGUGAUUCAUAGCGCUAUCUUAUCCACACUCUGAGGCAAGUCUUGCAAAAAUCUGCCCAUUUAUUUUGAUGCCUGAACGCCACCUACGCGCUUUGAAAAUCUGACCCUAAUUACGAGUUGUGGCCUUGAGUAUCAGGAAAGAGAAACAGGGAAAAUCAAUCCUCACGUGUGGGGUGGUCAUAUUGCAUGUAACUUUACUUCAUGCACAAAUACAACACUGCAUUUAAAACAAACGCUUUUGUUGUGAGCUGGUGAUACUUUGUGCUCUGAGGUACAGUUAAUGCAGAUAGCACAUAAGGAGUUGUUAUGCUUCAAGGCACAGGUUAGGAGAAUAAAACGAAAUUUCCACCGACUUUUAGUUGGUUGCGAUGUCUCACCACUCUUGGUUGCAUCUUCUCCUAAAGAUCAGCAUUUGAGUGCAUAUAAUCCUGCAAAUCUUGCUUUUGUGAUGUUGUUUGUAGAUGCUGUUUUAGCAGCAGCUGCCUGUGCUCAAAGACCGGGAUGCUCAAAUAAGGAGAGUAGUCCUGGCAUCACUUUACAGUCGCUAUUUUCCAAAUAUUUAUUUCCACGGUCAGCAGAGAAUUCAGUAAAAUUCCCAUACUUCUCCUUAUGUUGACUCAUGCUCAAAGAACCACACUUAGGUGAAGAUGCAUUGUCAGAUUUCUUGCUACUCUAGUACUUUGCUUCUUUGCUCUUUUCAAAAAAAUACAUGUUAACCAUGAACUGAACCGUCCGGAGUUUCCUGAUGAGAACCUUGUUUCGUCUCUUCCAGUGGUUGGUUAAUUCUUCUGGGAUAAGUUUUCCACAUGAAAGCUUCACAGCAAUCUUUUCUAUAUCAUCAGAGCAAUGGACUUAGUUAUGGAGAAAGCAACGGAAGAUACUUAAUUCCUCCUUGCAGUGCUUUGAAAGUAGGAAAUAUAUAGUUGCCAAGUAUUUGGUAUUAUCUCUUCCCCAAGACAGCAAAACAAGGUCACAAAGAGUUUCCCAGCGACAGAAAUAAAGCGCAGUCCCAUUAAGUAAAGAAUCAGAGAAUUUCUGCUUUAAAUUGCUAUAGAAGUGACUCAAGCGAGCCCUCCAGCAGGAUGAAAAGUGAAUUGUGUCUCUGUUUUUCAGAGGUUGCUUUCCUGUUCUUAAUUGCAGGCCUUAAAGUGAUGGGGAAUUGUGAGUGAACCCCAGCUGCAGUAUCUGCAGAAAGGGGGACCUGUUUGAGGUUCUCCUCAGGUCUCUCCUGCUCUGUGGCUCUGAAAACGCUUCCUCUAAGACUUUCCUUUGCAAUGGUGUCACAUUUGAAAGUUGCCCACAACCUCCGUUCAGAGGAAAAGGGAAGUAAAGCAACCCCCAGCACCUUUCUGUCUGCUAUAUAUAGACAGUAAGUUUGAGAGAGAGGACGGUGGGUGUAUGUUUCCGCAGCUACGUGACACAGUCCCACAACAGUGGUAGAAGAGAGAGGACACAGGGCGAGAAGAGGAAGAGGUGACCAGAAAGCUUAAGUGGGAAAAAUCUAUUCAGAUAACACGUGAAAAUAGAAUUCUAAUUUCCUGUAGUAAAACAGCGAGCUCCUUCUGAUUCCUGGGGAGGUUUUGUCUUUCUUAGGCCAGGCUGCUUGUGAUCUGCUGUAGACCAAGUGGCAUCCAGGCGUCUCCGGAGUGUUUGGUGCUCUGCUGGCUGACACGUUCAUGCGGCUUCAAGCAAACGUACAAGGAUAGAGGAUGUUGUCAAUGAGCAGAACACCCAGGACUAGGCAGCCUGCAACUAGGAGUGAAGUUUACUUUUUCCAAUGACUUUGAGGGGCAAAGGUAACAGGUACUUGCUAUAUAAGGCACAUAUGUCAUGCUUCAAGCCACAGACAAACUAGCAUGUGCAAGGCAGCAGUGUGGUCUUUAAAAUUAGGGUCUGUUUUAAAGUAGUAGUUACAAAGAGGUCACAGAUGGAGUAAGGUGUAGAUAUCUGUUCUAUCUGACACUGUGCAUUUACAUAAAAUGUACAAAAUGUGUACUGGAAUCAUAGCAGUCGUCACCCUUAGGAGACUGGACAGAGUCUGAUUCAACAGAAUAUAUUGUUAGCAAUUAAGAUAAGACUUGCAUGGAUAAGACUUCACAGAACUACUUGGGGAGCCAUUACACCUUUGCAUGGUGCAUUUAAGAUAUUUAACUGAAUUGUAUGCUCAUCACAAUCAAGGCAUGCUGCUGUUAUAAUGCAGUAAACAGUUGCACGUGAGCUAUUUUUAUGUGUUUGGAGUAGUAUUGUUUGUUAUGAUUAAUCUUCAUAUGAGGAUUAUAAGACUUGCCUUCCUAUUUGUUCAUUCUUUGUAUUUUGUGUAUUUUGACCAAGUGUAGGAUUCCUAAUAUAGGGUUCUGUCUUACUUUCCCAUCAUGUUAUAAAGCCUGCUACAUGGAAUGUUGUUUUCAAACUUUCUUGGGCCAGGGUGAAUUACAGUGAGAUUAUCUGACAGGGUUCGAGAUUGGAGUGUAACCUUUUUUUCUGUAAGAAUGGCCCGCGCAUUUACUGUCAGUUGUUGCUGAAUCUGGAGACUGUUAAACUUCCAUCUAUAUGUUCUAUGUAAGGGUGUUUUAACCUGUUUGGGGAUGAGAGUAUCACCUCCAAGGAGUCAUUAACCCACUGCAUGGAAGAUGUUCUUCUCUAGGUGGUUUUUUUGAAACACUCAUGUAACAUAAGAGUUUGUGGAAGGUGUAAAUUUUUAAAAUAAACUAACUAAGUAGCAGUUUCACAUGGCAGAGCUACACUUCUCCCUCUUCUCCUGUUUUAAUUUACUCUUUGUAUCAACAGAAGUGUUAAUAACACUAAUGAGAAUCAGGCUAUCUGUGCAAGGGUUAUGGGAGUUUCAUGUUUGUAUCAGCUAAUUAAUCUUUGUGUUACCAGGUUCUUACAUAGCUCCGUCUAUGCAAAUCUCUAUACCAAAGACUAUGCUGUUUUUGUAACAGGAGCACACAUUCACUGGGACCUCACCUGCGAUCGUCAAAUCCAUUUGCAUGUUUGGGCAACUUGAAUUUUUAAUUCAGGACUCCUCUUAAUCACACAGUACUAUGCACUUGCCCCCCACCGUGCCUCCUCCUCCUCCUGGGAGCAUUUCACUAUCAAUUGUAAGAAGGGAGUGAGUCAGUCUCAAGAAAAAAUUAACCUGAGACCCAGUAAUGAGUUCUGAAGCAUUUGUUGGACCAGCGUUCUCAUGAGCCCUCGGCAGCCUGAAGGACGACAGCUUCUUCUUUAGAUCUUGGCUUUUAGCACGCAUUAGUUGAAAGGAAAUGCGUGUGUCAGUAGCUAAUGCUGCACUCAAGGAAAAAAGGGCAGAUACACAAACAUGUUUGUACUGUGUUAGCACAGGGAUUUCUCUUGUCCUCCUCAUCAUCACGUGUAACAGGAUGGAGGAUAUGUAGAUGAAAGCGUUUAUUAAAUCUCAGGCUUUCCACUCGCCACUGCUUCUUUGCACUAAAUUCCUGCGGUAAAUUAUUUAUUUAAAUUAUUGUGCCAUUGUCUUGAUUCGCAUACUCAGAACUAACACUAAUUUGUAAUGUGUCAGGAUCUGUGGCCAGGCCUUCCUUAUUAAUCCCUUCAUUUGCUUUACGCCCCACAUUUCUUCCCUUUGCCUUCGCUAAGGCCUUUCCUGUUCUCAUUUCUGUCUCACUUCUGUUCCUCACUUUCAUUCUGUUGAGUUCCCCUUUCUCUAACUUUCUUUUUCUUUUCCUGUUCCCUUUUUAUAUUUCCUUUUUCCCUUGACCUCACCCUUUUUGAUCCCUAAGUCUCAUCUUCCUCUCUCCUCUUCAGUUUUUUCCACCAUGUCUCAUUGCUCACCUCUCUCAUUUCAUAUUUACUUUCACAUAUAUUAUAAUUUAAUAAUGGCAGUACUAGUGGUUUCUCAAUUCUAGGUAUCAGAUUCUUAAAUAACAUGGGAAAACAGAAUAAUAUCCAUCUACUCACGGGUGUAGACGUUGCCACCUGAAGGGACAAGUCUCUCUCCUAAGAGAGAACCUAAGGAAGUAGUUGUGACUACAAACCUGUCUUUAGAGGGCAUUCCGAGGUAGAGGUAUGAAAAGGUGGAAUGAAGUCUCGAACAGGCCAUUUUCCAUUCAUUAGAGACGAACUAGAUUUAUAAGUUAAACCAGAUGUCUAAUUCAAAUUCGUGGAAUGAAUCCACCCUCUAAAUUUGCCUUUCAACAGUGCUUAGAUGGUAGGUUACUGAGGGGGAUAGAAACAUCUUCACUGAAUGUAGAAAACAGGGACAUACAGAAAAAUGACAGAGUUGCCAAAACAUCAUUUAAGCUUUUUGUAGAGGAGGAUUUUUCCAUUUUCUUUGUUUGUUAUUGGUGAAAUAUGUUCUACAACCAAAUCGGAUUGGCUGUUGCCUGUUUGAGGUGGCACAAUCUGCCGUCCGUUUGCUGUUGAGGCAAAAUUAGUCAUUUCCUUCCUGUGUGAUAAGAUGAUAAGAACUCUGAAGUUCUGAAGCUGGCAGAUUUGAGGAAGAUGUAGACUUUAGAUACUCUCACCAGAGGGAGUGCAAAAUAGGAAAGCUUAGAUCUUGGCCUUUUAUGAAACAGAGAUCACUACAGGAUCUUAAUACAUAUUACUGCACUGAUUAAGGCCUUUUCCAACACUUUUUCAUUGGGCAAAACAACAUUCUUAAUGUGUAAAUAGUUUUUUUCCUCCAGAAAUGAUAGGUAUAGAAUUUCAUAUGCAAAUUCUAAAGCACACAAAAGGUAUGUGUAAUAAGUGUGGAAUUCACUUGUUCAGCUCAUAGCAUUAUUAUCCUGCUGUACUGAAAAAUGUAUGUAUCUUUGUUGCAUACAGUGUUUUUUGGUUUAGGUGAUACUAAGUAAACCAUUGGGUGUAGUAACAGUGCUACUAAUUGAUCCACGCUUUAUGUAUGCAUUACCUUUGCUUUUUUCUGAGAUGGAGUUUCAUAUGGUUCUGUUCUUAGAAGAGUAAAUAAAGGCAAAGGAAGAGAUAAUUGAAGAGAGUUCCUAUAGUAUUAAUUCUCCUGGUCCUCUUCUGUUCGGACAGGAAUAGUGAUUAGGGACAAGCCUCUGAUUUAUUCUGUUGCUUUCUUUGUCAUAGAGCAGAGAUACUCAAGAAGAGUAACAUGAUAGAAUUCUUCAUUUCUUUUUCUCUCACUCGGUUCUGGUUGAGCUGAUAGUUAUGAAAAUGAGGAGAAUUUUCCUUCACUCUUAUGCUUGCAGAGCAUGAUGAAGAUGCCUCCAGAGCCCUUUGAACCAGUUAGGGACCUGGUUUUGGUUCUCUCUCUCUUCUCUUCAGAAAAUGGGAGUAGUUUUAAUGACUGUGGCUAUCACCUGGCCUCACUGAAGAUGCAGCUUUACCCCACUGAAGUCUUGCAAGUCCGAUAAUGUUUUGGGGUUAUUUUUUGUAGGUUGUGUGUAACUCAACAGAAUCAGUUGACUCAAUGGAAUUGAACAGAAUACAUUUGUGUGAAAAUAAUCCUAUUUUCUGUGUAAAGCCUCCUGCUUUUCUUUUACUUUAGUAUCUCUUCUUCUAUAUUUUUAUUUUGUAUUUUCUUGAAACUGUGGCAUUCAGUAAGCUGGUUAAAUCUUUUAUAUAAGGAGGGGGUUCUGAUCUAUACAAAAUGGUUCUUUCCAUAUACAGCCACUGUGACCUAAAGCAGAAACACAGCCCAGUCCAUUCAACAAUGCUGCUGACUUUGGAAAGUAUUUUAAGGCCUGCAAAAUCCAAAAUAAUAAAGCUGCAUUAAUAAUGAAUGGUUUUUUAGGGCUUUCCCAUGUUGGUGAUUCUAAGUGCUAUGCAGUCACUAAUUAAUGAAUCCUACCUUGUCAUAAAAAUAUAAGACUUCUCGGCAGCCUUGUUUUCAAGUGGGAACACUGAGGUAGAAAAGAUUAAUACAAAGUGCAAAUUCUUAAAGGCAGAUGAAGACAUUUUCUGCUCUCCUUUGGGCAUCCAGAUUUGGGCACAUGUAUGGAAAAAAUGUGCAAGUAUAGGUAAGCAAAUUUAUUCAUCUUAAUCAAUGUUGAAGCCUUUAAAAGUGGUUUUCAGUACCAUGGAACAUCCAGCAGCGCAGCUGAAGUGCUGGUAUUCCCCAUCUCAGAAGCCAGGAAUGCAAAUAGGUCUCUCCUGUCCUUAAGCGAAGGAAUAUAAUUUCCUUAUCGCACUUUAAACUGUGACUUUCCUCUAAAAUUAAAAAUAGCUCUAAAUCCCUUUGUGGUUUUGUGGUUCUCUGAUAUUGCAAAUCUGUACGUAUCCAUACAAGCAGCUUUUGAGAAAAUCGCCCUGUUGUUGUAUUUCAUCAUGUGAAGUGCUGUACAAAUCUGAGGGAGAAAGGGUUUUGCCCCAUGAAAUCUAGAGAUAUGCAUAGAAAGAGGAUGUAACACAAUACACUGAAAAUAUUGAGGGUAAUUAUAUACCCGGCUUAAAAGUGCUAUUUGCAUCUUUAUUUUUGCUUUAAUGUGUGAUUUAUUUUUGCUUUGAAGUGUGAUAAUUUAUAGGUAAUCCUUUCCUGGUUUAUACGCACGUAGUAUUUAACACAAACUUCUGUUCUUAUUAACUUGUAAUUUGCACAAACAUUUGGUGUGUUGUGGCUCCUUUCUAAAUACUCCCAAUCUGUGAACACCUGUGACAAAUGCAGAGGCCAAAACAUUAAAAUAGGUCACGUCCUCCAAAAUAAACUUAGUCCUGACUGAAGGGUUGAGUUCUGCACCAUCAUGAAAUGAGCCACAAAAUAACGAAGCUUUAGGUGUGACCUGGAGCACUGUAUAGAACCCCUGGUUCUGAAGCCUGCGGGUUUUAGUCCCUUGAUCAAUGGAGAGUGUCACCGACACACCAAAGUGUGGAGUCUGAGUGACAACAGUUUGAACUGCAAGGUGAUUUGUUCGGUUGAACAUUACAAAAUAUAGCAAACGCGUAGAAAGAUUCAUUUGUGUGUAACAGCCAAGAGAUGGAUAGUCCCUGAGAGAGAAAAGGAGAUGAGGGGCCUAGAGUGUUUCUUUUAAUGUAAAAAGGCAUUCUCUCUUUUAUUUGUCUGCAUCUACAGAGACCUUUGAAAUAGGUGGGACUAGCUGAGAUUAGAACUGGAUUAAGAUCUCCUGCAGUUAAAAGCUGUGUUGUGUACUAACUGCUGAAAGGAGCCGCAGGAGAGCGACGCUUUGACUGCUGUGGCCAUUCUUCUUUCUCUUUGUUUCAUGUCUGCUGAAGUCAGUCUGAGUCUGUGCCUUCACACCUGUGAUUUGUAAUGGAUGCCACAGUGUUUCGAUGACACAUCACAACUUCUGAACGUGUUAGGUUACAACUCAAGGGCUGCUGAAAUCAGAGACCGGAUAAUGGUAAUAAAGAUCAGGUUAAAUAAGAGGAGAGCCCGAGAUGGAUGACUGCCUGGAGAUGCUGAAAGAUGAGGAGGAAGCUUUGUGGGAGAACGUAGAAUGCAACCGGCACAUGCUGAGCCGGUACAUCAAUCCAGCCAAACUGACCCCCUACUUACGGCAGUGCAAAGUAAUCGAUGAGCAAGACGAGGAUGAGGUGCUUAACUCACUCAUGCUGCCCUCCAAAAUUAACCGAGCAGGCCGACUACUGGACAUCCUCCACACCAAAGGCCAAAGGGGCUAUGUAGUUUUCUUGGAGAGCCUGGAGUUUUACUACCCUGAACUCUACAAACUGGUGACAGGAAAAGAACCCACACGGAGAUUUUCCACUAUUGUUGUGGAGGAGGGACAUGAAGGCCUCACCCAUUUCCUAAUGAAUGAGAUCAUUAAGCUUCAGCAGCAAGUAAAGGCAAAAGAUGUGCAGCGCUGUGAGCUCUUGGCAAAGUCUCGCCAGCUGGAGGAUGAGCGAAAGCAACUAAAACUGAACAAGAUAGAGCUGCUGACCUUCCAGGAGAGAUACAACAAGAUGAAGGAGGAGAGGAACAACUACAAUGAUGAGCUAGUCAAGGUGAAAGAUGAAAACUACAAUCUGGCCAUGAGAUAUGCCCAGCUGAGUGACGAGAAGAGCAUGGCUGUGAUAAGAAGCCGAGACCUCCAGUUAGAGAUUGACCAGCUGAAGCAUCGCUUGAACAAGGUGGAAGAGGAAUGCAAGCUGGAGAGGAACCAGUCUUUGAAGCUGAAAAAUGACAUCGAAAACCGACCCAAAAAGGAACAGGUUCUGGAACUGGAGCGGGAAAAUGAGAUGAUGAAGACUAAAAUCCAGGAGCUACAGUCCAUCAUUCAGGCUGACAAGCGAAGUUUGCCAGAUUCGGACAAAGCCAUUUUGGAUAUUCUGGAACAUGACCGUAAGGAGGCACUAGAAGAUCGUCACGAGUUGGUCAACAAGAUCUUUAAUCUCCAAGAGGAGAUUCGUCAUGUGGAGGACCUGAGAGACAAGUAUCUCGAAGAGAAAGAAGAUUUGGAGUUAAAGUGUUCAACACUAGGAAAAGACUGUGAGAUGUACAAGCACCGUAUGAACACUGUGAUGAUACAGCUGGAAGAGGUGGAAAAGGAGCGAGACCAGGCGUUCCGCUCACGCGAUGAGGCUCAGACGCAGUAUUCGCAUUGUCUCAUUGAGAAAGAUAAAUACAGGAAGCAGAUUCGAGAGCUGGAGGAGAGAAAUGAUGAACUCCGAAUUGAGGUGGUCCGGAAGGAAGCUUGUAUUGUUAACCUGGAGUGCAAACUCCGGCGGCUCUCUAAGGACAACAAUUUUCAUGACCAGAGUUUGCCACGGAAUCUACCCAUUACUAUUAUCUCCCAGACCUUUGGGACUCCCAGUUCGAAAGCCAAUGGGCAGGAAGCAGAUGACUCCUCCACUUCUGAAGAGUCUCCAGAAGACAACAAAUUCUUCUUGCCCGAUCAAGCUCGACUCAAGAGAAGAGUGAAUCUGAAGGGAAUCCAGAUAAGUCCAAGAGCUAAAUCCCCUGUCAGCAUGAACAAAACAUCAGAGUUUCAAGCAGUCAGAGCGCAGGAUGAAGACGGGGCCGACGCCAGCAAUGGCCGCACAGACACGAGUUCCUCGAAUUCCGUUUCCAUCAGUAACUCCAUCAGCAGCUGUGAAGUCAGCAAAAUUCAAACGCUGAGAAGUCGCAAUGACAGUAUCAUGUCUACCACUCCUGAGCCUCCCGGAAAUGAUUCAAUAGUCCGACGUUGCAAAGAGGACGCCCCUCAUUGCAGCCUGGUUGAAGAGGACAAUGACAGCUUUGGGUUUGAUGCUCUGGAGCUAGAUGACGACAGCCAUGACAGGCAGUCACAUGGAGCUCCUUCGGUACACUCUUCUUCGUCUUCUCAUCAAUCGGAAGGCCUGGAUGCCUAUGAGCUUGAACAUGUCAACUCCAUAUUCAGAAAGUUCUCUCUGGAAAGACCUUUUCGUCCCUCUGUCACAUCUGUGGGUCGCGUUAGAACCACCUGCCAUACUGUCCAGCGCGUGACACUGAAUGGAGACAGUCUCAACUCGGAAAUCACUCUGGUUGGGGGUAAUGAUAAAGGGAGCUUUGUUAGCUCUGUCAAGGCCGGGUCACUCGCAGAGAAAGCAGGCCUUCGGGAGGGACACCAGCUCCUACUGUUGGAGGGCUGCAUCAAAGGGGAAAAUCAGAGUGUUCCCUUGGAUACUUGCACAAAGGAAGAAGUUCACUGGACAAUUCAGAGGUGCAGUGGUCCAGUAACACUCCAGUAUAAAUCAAAUCACGAAGGUUACCGAAAACUGCUGUCAGAACUGGAGGAAGGGCUGAUCACGUCGGGGGACUCGUUUUAUAUCCGCUUGAACCUGAACAUCUCCAGCCAGCAGGACUGCUGCACCCUGUCGGUGAAGUGCGAUGAGAUCGUUCAUAUUCUGGACACCAUGUACCAGGGGAGGUGCGAGUGGUUGUGUGCCAGAGUUGAUCCUUUCACCGACAGGGACCUGGAAAUGGGGACCAUUCCCAGCUACAGCAGAGCCCAGCAACUUCUUUUGGUGAAGCUGCAGCGGCUGAUGCACAGAGGGAGCAAAGAUGAGACAGAAAGCUCCUAUAAUACCCUUCGGGCACUCCGAAAUACAUUGCAGCCGGAGGAGCCUGCCCCGCAGAACGACCCCAAAACCAGCCCUCGCCUAUCCCGGGCAAGCUUUCUUUUGGGCCAGAUAUUACAGUUUGUCAGUAGGUCUGAAAACAAAUAUAAGCGUAUGAAUAGCAAUGAGCGAGUCCGUAUCGUCACUGGCUGUCCCUCUGGUCUGGCACGGACCUCAUCUGAACCAAAGAAGCCAUUGCCUGAUAAGCUGGAAGAUUUGGAUUCCGAAAGUGAAAUCAAUAAGAGGCUCAGCCUGAUCCCGUAUAGCUUGGUGAGGCCAAUCCACUGUGAGCGCAGGCGCCCCGUGCUUUUCACUCCCACCAUGCUCGCCAAGCCCUUGGUACAGAAGCUUCUCAACUCUGGAGGUGCCCUGGAAUUCAACAUAUGCAAGCCAGAUAUUGUAACAAAGGAGGAGUUCUUAAGGAAGCAAAGAACAGAGACCGUCAUCUUCAGCAGAGAAAAGAACCUGAACACAUGUGAAUGUAUCGUACCUGCCAAUAUUGAGGCUGUUGCUGCCAAGAACAAGCAUUGUCUCCUGGAAGCUGGAAUAAGCUGCACAAAGGAUUUAAUCAAAGCCAAGAUAUAUCCUAUUGUUCUCUUUAUCAGAGUCUCAGAGAAAAACAUCAAGAGGUUCAGGAAAUUAUUGCCGAAGCCGGAGACUGAAGAUGAGUUUUUACGUAUGUGUCGUCUGAAGGAGAAGGAACUGGAAGCGCUGCCGUGUCUUUAUGCCUCUGUAGAGGCAGAUGCGUGGAGCAGUAUUGAAGAUCUUAUCCGAACAAUAAAAGACAGGAUUGGAGAAGAGCAGCGUAAAGUCAUCUGGAUAGAUGAAGAUCAGCUAUAAAAAACAGUAAGUCAAAUGGAGCUCUUUGGUGACAAAAGGACAUACCCAGGUGGAGCAGGGGCUUGCAGAUUUCUCUGAUUCAGUGCCCAGCGCUCGCUCCUGGUUUUUCCCCCUUGCUGGCUGGGGACUUGCUGCCGGCAGAAUUCGUGCGUGGAAUGGAACUGGAGCUGUGCUGAACAGCCGACGGUGCAGACACUGGGGAUCCAGGACGCGGGGCACACCGCAGCCACCACCACAGCUUCUGACCCACCGGCAUCUCUUACGGGACAGCAGCUGCUUAACGUGCGAGAAGGACAAAGAUCUUGAGAGGGAGCUUGGGGUAAUUUAUUAUGCUGAAAAUAUGGAUCUCAUUUGUCUCACUGAAAAUUUGUGAUGAGACCAGAUAAGUGGAAUAAAGCCUGGGGACUGGGUUAAAGGAUACGGAGUUGAGAUACACCUCACACACACCCUGAGGUGGGAUCCUGAACAUAAUUAAGGAAGCUGAAGGCUGGUUGGUAGCAGGAGAAACACUACUGCUGAUGGCCAUAGCUGCUCUGUAGCCCUGUUUUUCCAUAACCAUUUUAAUCAGAAGAUAAUAAAAUAGCUAUUCUUCCUGGCAUUAAUUAAAAUGACUGUUUUCCAUUUUCAUACCCCCAUUGUACGUAACAGUUUUACAGGUUUUCUUUUUAGUCUUGGCACUUACAGGAAAAUAGAUUCCACUGUUCCAGCGGCACAUUAGAUCUUUCCAAUCUCUUUCAUUUCGUUUAUCCUCGCAUCUGCAUUGUGUUCAUUUGUACAUCUCUCCAUUUUAAAUGUUUUUUACUUAUGGAAAAUACCACGGUGCCUUCUCCAGGCAACAGGUUUCUCUGUUUCUCCACUGAAAUCCGUGUUUUUCUACAACACCGUUGCCUGCCAACACGCCUGCUCUCAACAGGAGGGACUGUGCUGAGAGGAAGGAAAGGAGAAUUUCAUAAGGCAGUAAUCACUGCCAGCCACUCAGUCCUUGACCUCUCUGCCAUGAUUGACAGCAAGGAGACCACUGAGCGUCACACUGUGCUGUGGCCAAGUAGGAUAACAUUUUCAGAAGUGUGUGCGUAACGUAGAAGGGCACAUUUUCAAAAGCACUUAACUCCUGAGGGAGCUUGAGCUCCACCGAUAAUGGGUGGGACUUAGACUCCUAAAUCUCUGAAGUCUUUUACAAUUUUUCCUCUAUACAUUAAACACUGUAUUGAGACUGCCAAACUGAUUCAAUAAAACUGACCAGAUAAUAAUGACUUGCACAACUGCUGAUCUGAAAUGCAAUGAAAAUUUACCUACAGAUGAAGAGUUGCACAUUCCGUUAUCCUUAGAUCCUUCGUGCCUUGCCAUAUCCCUCCCUUUUAAGAUGCAUUUAGUAACAAAUUUACCUUUGCUUCUGUGUUCAUCCCAAGUUCCCCAUCUUGGUGCUUCAGGCUGCUGUGCAGCAGCUGCCAAUCAAAAGACAAAUGGAAUCCAAGCAAAACAUCUGGCCUGGUUGCCUUCCUAGAUUGUCUUUGCAAUGAACUUCUGAUGUUGUGGGUGCCUCUCAGGUAGACGGGGUCAGCCCAUGUUAACUUGUGCAAUUGUGCUUUUCUGCUCUUUUAUGCACAUCAUUUUUUAACUAAUGGUACCUUCUGGAAGUCAUUUGUGUCACUUUACAUCUAACUUUCUGCUUCUGUGUUUCUCAAAUUAUUAAUGUUUGAAAGACUCUUCGUAGCUGGCAUUCCUCAGCGAAUAGCUCUUUACCUGCUCAGUGACAUCUGGACUGUGCAAGCAGGGGGAUACUACUGGUUUUCAAUCUCUUUACAAAGUACAGGCUGCAUACACAAUUUGCAGCUCCCUCCAGGGCAGAGAAUAACAACCGACUGGGGUAUAAAUAGAACAAAUUGGAUGAUUCUUCAGAGAUCCUCUGUAGCUCAACAAGAAAGUAUCAGGUGGAAAAGUUAAGCCUUCCAGGAGAAUUUUGCAUUCAUUCCUGAUGUCCUAAUAAUGCAACCUUGUGUAACAGCUGCCUGUGGUUCGUUACUGCCCCUCUUGUGACAGCUCUGAGUCCACAGCUGAGCAACGGGAGGGACGAUAAGAGCAUUUCUCAGCUGCUUCAGCAAAAAGUUCAGCCAGGUCAGCGUCAGAUCCCUUCAGGAGCCACCAGCUGACUGCUCACCGGACAGAACCCGCAGGACGUCCCCGUCCCACUGGCUGUGCCACAGGGAUCAGUAACAUCUGGUGGAACGGCUCGAACAGACGGCGGAGGGAUGAAGUGUCUCAAACUGUCGUGGUUGUUUCUGCAGCGAUCUUCUCUCACGGCAGCUGUAUUUCUGAGCCCUCUUUACACAAAACAGCUGUGGAUGUGAUUUAUCUCACUUAACUUUAGUUAUAGGAAAGGUAUAUGCCAAAGUCUAAAGGAGGUUCCUUUUACAAGGAAUGGAGAUACACCUCCAAAGAGCCAUUUGUCUAACUUACCGUAGGUGGCUAUCUAAGGAUGAGAUUAAUUGCCCUCUGCACUGUCUUUUUUUUGUUGUUUUAAAGGCACUAUAGAAACAA